CGAUGAACAACCUUGAAAUUUUCUUUUAAGUCAGUUUAUCUCCAAGUUCACAAUGGCAGCGGUAUACAAGUCGGUGUCUAAGAAGCAAGCGAAGCAGCUUGCUAGACAGCAAGAACAAGAUGACUCAGAUGCAGAGAUGGCCGACAUGGCUGACCUUCUCGCCGAUGCCGAUGACACGAGCGACAGCGAUGAGGAGGAAGAUGUGGAAUCCUCCAAGAAGCAGCUUGCUGCUGGAUUUAUGCCCAAGACCCGUGUUCUUAUGUUGACUUCUAGAGGUGUCACACACCGCCAUCGGCACUUGUUGGCAGACCUUGCUGGUUUGCUCCCUCAUACCCAUAAAGAAAGCAAACUUGAUACGAAAAAGAAGACCGCCGGAUAUAACCUCCUUCUGAACUCUCUCGCCGACCUUCAUUCAUGCAAUGUCAUUUUCUUCCUCGAGGCUCGCAAGCGUGGCCAAGAUUUGUACCUCUGGCUUGCUCGUCCCCCGAACGGGCCAACGCUCAAAUUCCAUGUUAACAACUUACAUACCAUGAGCGAACUGAAUGCUGGGUUUAGCGGCAACUGCCUGAAGGGUGGUCGUGGUAUUGUGGUUUUCGAUCGUUCAUUUGACGAACAAGGUCCGGUUAUGAGCCAGCCAGGCAACGAGUACCGAGGAUUGGUCCGGGAGAUGCUGCGUGGUGUAUUCUCCGUUCCCAAGCGUGGAGUUAAGGGAAUGAAGCCUUUCGUCGACCGCAUCAUUGGUGUGUUCGGCGUGGACGGCAAGAUCUGGAUUCGAGUGUAUGAGAUCAGAGAAUCAGAGGCCGGAGGCAAGAAGAAGGAGGAUGGAGAGGAAGCUGUGAAGCCUACACCCAAGGGCAAGGAUGGUCUACCGGAGGUUUCUCUUGUCGAGAUUGGACCUCGCUUCGUUUUGACGCCAAUCGUCAUUCUGGAAGGCAGCUUUGGCGGUCCUGUCAUCUACGAGAAUAAGGAGUACGUGAGCCCCAACCAGGUCCGUCACGAUAUCCGGAUUAGCAAGGCCGCCCGCCACGCGAAGCGCAGGGACCACGAGACCGAUCGUUUCGCCAAGCGGACAAACUUGGGAUUGGGAGAAGGCCAGCGCAAACCAGGCCCAUUGGACAACAGGCAGCUGUUCGCAUAAGUGUUGCUUUUCUGUUUUCUUUUCAUUCAUUUUGUCUCUUCUUUCUAGUGCUAUUAGACUCGAUAUCCUAAGGGGAUGUACAUGUGUUUGAGAUGCAAGGGGCACCUUAUCAUGGUCUAAAAGGCGUCUGGUGUGAACAACUAAUAAAAGUUCGAAUGUUACGAUGAAUGCCGACACAUUUUCCGGCACUAGCUGAUUGGAGUUGCUCACUUGUCCAACUUGAAUAAUCGCGUUCGGGUGUCAUUCUCUAGAAUCAGUGCGCGCGCACAUUAUUCGCGGACUGACAGAAUAUGCUACCGUAGCAACCCAGCAUUGUGCUUUGUUUAUUCACAGGGCUUAAAU